AUGGACGACGUAGCGACAGAACUCACCGAGCGCUUUGAGCGCUACUGCGAUACCAAGGACGAUGAAUUCCCUGCCGAUGUUCUCGCCGAAUUGCAGUCCAUGUGCCGGUUAUACUCCAUCUCGCCCGAAGAGUUGGACUUCAAGUGGCAGGCGUACAAUAUGAAAAUGGGGGGAGAAGAAAACAAAAUGGAUGUCAAGACGGCACAAGACUUUAAGAAGACUAUACAGGACGCAUUGGAGCGAGAAAGCAGAGGCAAGGCACAGCAAAGAAACGAAGUCAAGCGGGGUCAGCCAACACCAAGAGCAAAGGGCGGGGACAUGUAUGACAUGCUAGAAGGGCUUGUUCCCAAUACACCACGUCCAAGUGCUCCCAGCGGGGUUAAUGGCAGCACCGUCAAGCGCAAAGCCAACUUCCAAACACCGGGAGGUAAAGCGAACAAGGCACAUGAAAUGAGCUCACCGGGAGGCUUCAUGACACCAAAGGCCGAGACUUCGGGCGGACCUGUCUUUGACUUCGCCUCUCGUACCAACGCAAACGAUAUCACAGAACAGUUCAUGCAGGGUGAUAUUGCUAUCCCAGAGCCACCUUCGGAAGAGCCCAAGGAACCUCGCAUCAAACUCAAGGCCAACACAGACAUGUCCAAGUUCUCGUACCGGACCAUGGCAAUGAAGCUUUCCGAAGCAUCAGAAGUACUGGACGACAGGAUCGACGAGUUCCGUGAUAUCCUCAAAGAAUUCGCAGGUCUCGACGAGAGCGCAUUUGGCAAUCCCAACUACGCAUCGCCCAGCGAGAUUAUUGCUGUUGGGAGGAUAGCGUGCGAUACGAGCGAAGGCAAGCUAAAUACAGCAUCACUUGUGCUUGAAGGCUCGCGGCGGCAUGGCUCGGGGCGUCGCGUACCGCUCAACGUCGAGGGGCUACAGUCGUACAACUUCUUUCCCGGUCAAAUUGUCGCACUGCGCGGUACGAACGCAUCCGGCGACUCUUUCGUGGUCUCCGAGGUCCUUUCACUGCCACUUUUGAACCCACCUGCUACAAAGCCAGACGAGCUUGAUGCCAUAAACGCACGAUAUCUUGACACACCCGACUCUGACCCAGACAAUGUCAGACCUCUAACUCUGAUGAUUGCGUCUGGACCCUACACAACGGAGCAAAACCUUGAUUUUGCGCCUCUACAUGCUUUUCUAGAUAAGGCUGCAGAAGCGUAUGCGGACUCUAUCAUCUUGGUUGGUCCCUUUCUCGAUGCAGAACAUCCUCAAAUUCGGUCGGGAGAUUUCGAUGCUCCACCAGGCGUAAAUCCAGAUCAGGCGACUAUGACUGAUCUAUUCCGCCACCACAUCUCGAGCGCCAUCCAAAGCUUCCACAAACGCGUACCGACGUGUAAUGUGCUCUUGGUACCCAGCCUACGGGAUGCACACCACCACCAUGCUGCUUUCCCACAGGACAAGUUUAUCAAAAAGGAGCUUGGCUUCGGCGCAGCAGGGAAGAUGGUGCAGUGCGUCACGAACCCCAUGACUGUCAGCAUGAAUGAGAUGACAGUGGGCAUGUCUUCACUUGACAACCUUGACAUGCUCCGAAGAGAAGAGCUUACAGGUGGCAAAGCGCGAGCAACAAACAUUUAUGAACGGGGUGCUCGCAACAUGAUCGAGCAGCGGAGUUUCUUGCCUCUAUUUCCGCCUACUGGGAGAGAGAAGCAGCAAUUUAUGCCUACGCCAAUUGAGGAAAAGGUGAUGAAGAACAACACUGCUAAUGGUGAAAGGAAAGAAGGAGAAGAGGUAGAUGAAGAGCAAGCGCCUAGUCCGUUCCUCCCCCUUGGUACAAUGCUAGACACCAGCUAUCUCAAACUGGGUGAGAUGCUCAACGUACGGCCUGACAUACUGAUCACACCCAGUGUGCUCCAGGGCACUGUCAAAGUGGUCGAGUCUGUAUUGAUAGUCAAUCCUGGCACAUUGUCCAAACGGCGUGCAGCUGGAACGUAUGCACGGGUGAUUGUUCAGCCUGCUACUGUCAGCGAUGCGGACCGGGCGAAAGGGGUGGCUAUGGCACACAAGCUCUGGGAACGAACACGGGUGGAUAUUGUACGAAUCUAG